AUCCUGAACGCACCGGUGAUCAUUUCAACGCUAACCUUUAGCGUUACGUUUUCCUGUCUGCUGUAUUUAAUGGACUUGUAUUCGUAUAACCCACAGUAUUAGUAGCUGCUGGUCUUUUAUUCUUACUUGACGACACUGGUUCCUGUAUUGCUCAGGAUGUCAUACCCUCCUCCGCUCAAUCGCCAGCAGAUUGGCAUCCCGCAGCUUCCCCCGAGGAUCCCACCUCCCCAGUAUGGAGGAUUUGCACAAGCGGUCCCACCAGGUACUCCUAUGAUCCCGGUUCACAUGGGUGUAGUGACCCCCACCCCCACAGUUCUUGUCCCGACCACAGUUACUGUAGCACAGAAGCCGAUGGCUCCGAAGAAGGAGCCUGGCAACAUCCGAGCCAAGGACAUGGAGGACAGCAGUGGCCCUACCACAACUGUAUUUGUAGGGAACAUCUCUGAAAAGGCAUCUGACAUGUUGGUCAGACAACUUUUAGCGAAAUGUGGUAUUGUUCUAAGCUGGAAGAGGGUCCAAGGAGCCUCUGGGAAACUACAAGCUUUUGGGUUCUGUGAGUAUAAAGAGCCUGAAUCUACACUACGAGCCCUCAGACUUCUGCACGAGUUGCUGUUAGGUGACAAGAAACUGUUGGUCAAGGUUGAUGCUAAGACAAAGGCCCAACUAGAUGAGUGGAAGGCCAAAAAGAAGAGUGCCAAUGGUGGAGCCAGCAGUGGGUCAAAGAACGGGGACGAUGAUGAGGAGGAGGUUCUUGAUGAAGAAACCCUGCGUCGGGAUCAGGUUGUAAAGGGUGCAAUAGACGUCCUCAUCAGAGAGUACGCAAGUGAACUCAACGCUCCCUCGCAGGACCCUGACAGUCAACCUCGCAACAAAAAGCGGAAAGAGAAGAAAGAGGAGGAGGAUAUCAAUGCCAUGGAGAUGGAGGAUGACAAGAGAGACUUGAUUUCCAGAGAGAUCAGUAAAUUCAGGGACACGCACAAGAAACUGGAAGAGGAAAAAGGAAAGAAAGAAAAGGAGCGACUCGAGAUCGAGAGGGAAAGGAGAGAGAGGGAUAAAGAGCGGGAGCGCGAGAGGGAGCGCCGCGACCGUGAGAAAGAGAAGGAGAGGGAAAGGGAGAGGGACAAGGAGCGGGAAAGAGACCGAGAUCGCGACAGGGAAAGGGAGAGAGACCGCGAACGGGAGAGGACGAAGGAGAGAGAGCGGGAGAGGGACAGGAGUCGAGACGUCAGCGAAGACCGCAGCAGGUCAAGAGAGAGGACCAGAGAGGAGAAGAAACGCGACCGCGAAGAAGAUGAAGAAGACGUGUAUGAACGGAGGAGACUUGAGAGGAGGCUCCGAGACAAAGAGGCUGCAUACCAGGAGCGCCUAAAAAACUGGGAGAUCCGGGAGAGGAAGAAAGCUCGCGACUACAGCAAAGAAAUGGAGAGGGAAGACGAGCGGCGUCGUGAAAUGAUGAAAGAAGCCAAACGACUGAAAGAAUUCCUUGAAGAUUAUGACGACGACAGAGACGACCCAAAAUACUACAGGGGAAGCGCUUUGCAGAAGCGACUUCGUGACCGAGAAAAAGAAACAGAAUUGGACGAGCGAGACCGGAAGAGAGAGAAGGAAGAACUAGAGGAGAUCAGACAGAGGCUUCUAGCUGAGGGCCACCCUGACCCUGACGCUGAGUUACAGAGGAUGGAGGAGGAGGCAGAGAGGAGACGACAGCCCCCUUUGAAACUUGAACCAGAGGAGGAGGUAAACCAGGACAAGGCUCACAGGGAUUGGGAUCGGGAGAAGAGAGGGUCAGGGAGGCCCGCAGAGCCAGCGCCUCGACCCCCCCCGCAGCCACAUUCAGACGACGACGUAGAGGAAGGGGAGGAGGAUGACUACCAUGAUGGGGAGGACUCUCAAGAGGCCAAGCCGCACCUCAAACCUAUCAUGCGACCAAUCACUACCGCUCCCUCAGUGUCCUCUGCCAGUGGGAACGCCACUCCAAACACACCCGGCAACGAAUCUCCCUGCGGCAUCAUCAUUCCAGGCGAGAACACUCCUGAGGUCCAACCUCCCGAGGAACACCGGCCCAAGAUCGGACUCAGUCUCAAACUGGGUGCCACGAACAGUCCCAGCCAGCUCAACGUUGGAAAGCGAAAGAAACUGGCGUCCGUGGAAAGUGUUUUCAACAAGUUUGACGAUGAGGAGGCUGACGAGCAGCCUCGCAAAAGGAAACUGGUUCCACUUGACUACGGCGACGACGACAAAAGUCUGGGCUUGGACGGCGCAGAAAUUUCAGGGGGCAAAGGCAGCAUCAACACAGAGGAGAAACGCAAGCACAUUAAGAGUCUUAUAGAGAAGAUCCCCACUGCCAGGCCUGAGCUCUUCUCCUACCCUCUGGACUGGACUAUGGUUGAUUCGACUCUGAUGGAUCGCCGCAUUAGACCGUGGAUUAAUAAAAAGAUUAUUGAAUACAUCGGUGAAGAGGAGCCAACUCUGGUUGAUUUUGUCUGUUCAAAGGUGAUGGCACACAGCACUCCCCAAGGUAUUCUUGAUGAUGUUGCUAUGGUACUCGAUGAAGAAGCAGAAGUCUUCAUAGUAAAAAUGUGGAGGCUGUUGAUAUAUGAAACAGAAGCUAAGAAGAUUGGACUGGUGAAAUAAAUACCAGACAUCUCUCUGACUGACUGAUCACAGUUCUGCUGCCCUACAGUUUCUGGUCCAGCAGACUGUAAACUUGUGCCCAUACACCUCUCCAUUCCAUCAUCAAGGAGCUGCUUGACUUGUACGUGUGUGUGUGUGUUUGGAAGGAAAAGUGUGAGCUGUGGACAGAAAGGGUUUGCAAAAACAUGUUGCAUGAUAAAACCUUGGUUGUAAUUUUUUUUUCCUUUGUUGAGGCAAAAGUCAAAGUUGCAUUUUUACCCAUCUGUUCUUCAAUAAGUUGGACACAUUCUGCUUUGAUUUACUGUUGUCACGUUGAGGCACUGCUCCAUUGUGUGAACUAAUAAAUAUGCUUUUUUUUUUAGAACAUGUGUUUUUAAUGUGCUGUCUAUUUGUAUUUUAUUUCCAGGCAUCAGGCUGGUUUUAAAUGCAUCAGUAUGCAAAAUAUUGAUAAUAAAAAUAUAUAAU